GGGGUUUGCGAAAAGUUCGCACGUCUCUCUAGUCCUGAGUCUGGGUCAAGCGUGAGUCUCAUGGGCCCGGCAUGCCUAAGGCGCGCAAGAAAAAGGUGCCCGUAACUUCUGAUGGGAGAGACAUCGCGUCCCCGGCCAGCAGCAAUCCGCACACUACACGAACCGUAAUUCGACGCUUCCACGUACUACUGAAGAGACAAGGACAGUUGGAAAACAACCCUGCGACCACCUCGAAUGCAGCAGAACUGAAGAAAAUCAAUGAAGAGAUUGCGAUCAUGGGGGGAUUGGCUGCGUAUCAGCGCAUGUCGAGUGUUGGCCAAGGUACCGAUCGAGGAGGAGGAAGCGAAAGAGUCUUGAUUAACUGGCUUGUGAACAUGGGUUUCUCAACGAGGGAUAACAUGUCGAAAUUGGGCUUGCUCGAGGUUGGCGCGCUCAAGCCGGACAACUAUGCUUCGUGUUCAUCGUGGAUAGACGCGACUCCAAUCGAUCUCAGAAGCCGACACCCAGCUAUACGCGAACAAGACUUCCUGCUGAUGGAAGUGGACGAGAACCGGGAAAAGUGGGACAUCCUCAGUCUCAGUUUGGUUAUCAAUUUUGUUCCUGAGCCGCGGGACAGAGGUCGGAUGCUCUGCCUUGCUCACACUUUCCUCCGUGAAUCGGGCUUACUGUUCCUAGUUUUGCCUCUACCAUGCGUCGAAAAUUCUCGCUACCUUACCUUCGAGCACCUCAGCUCACUCAUGACCACGAUCGGAUUCUGUGAGGUUGAGAAGAAAUGGAAACAAGGAGGGAAAAUGGCCUAUUGGCUGUACAGGAAAGUGGAGCGAGAUACAUGUUCUGAUUUUAGCCCUUUUCGUAAAAGAUCUGCCUGCAGACAAGGGAGCUCAAGAAACAAUUUCGUCAUUCUUCUGCAAGAUCUAUGAUACAUUGAACUGCAUUAUGGGUAUCUGAGAGGGAACGAUUAUCUUCUGAGUUUUCGGUCGGCCUUUUGGGAACUAGGUAUCUGACAGGGCAUUUCCUUUGUCGCUUUUCCAGGCAACUGGAGGGCACCGACAAGCUGCAUUCUUGUACAAGCCCACUGUGGAGGGAACAAAGUGAAUCGCGUUUUCGGUAAAGUAGUCGUAUGUACAUACACUUAACCGUACCGGGCACUAGUUCUCACUGCCAUGGUCGCUGACUGCCUGGGUAUUUAUGUACGAUCCGAAGAUGACCAC